AUGAAGAGAGCAGACUUACUCACAUUAGAGAAGUGCUGUGUGCUAACUUUAAUGAGACAUCAUACACUGAUAGAUGAUGUUGCACAUAUACCGUAUGCAUUGAUUAGGCAGGUACUCCAAAAGUUAAAAGCAGAACAACUAGUUCGACUCGAAAAGACGAAUCCAUUGUUAAUUUUGGGAGACGAGGAGAUUUGGUACGACUUAUUAAAGAAGGACUUCCCUUUAAAUGUACAUGAACAAUAUGUAUCACGAAAAAACCAAGUGUAUGAAUACUACUUAGGAUGCAUAAAGGAAAACGAUGAAAAGCUACUGGAUGACAAGCCGUUGGUUAAAAACUAUUUCCAUGAAAAUGUCAAGAAGGAUCCUGUUGUCUUCAAAUAUCGCUUACCGUCUAGACUCCUUUAUUAUAAAUACCAACAAGAGGUAGCAGAGAAACAGGAGUUGAGUGCAGAGCGUCUAAGACAGUCUGUCAAGCAAUUACAAGCUGAGAAGGAAAAAAUGUUGAUAACCAUGCUAGAAGAUCCGAUUUAUGUUGAGAGGGAACUUCGCUCAACUAAAAUAAAACAGCAUCAAAAUCGCUCUAACCUCUAUUUAAAAUCUUACAAAGAGCAUCUAAAGCGCCAAGAACACUUCAAAAGUGGCGGGUAUGAUCCCACAAAACGUAGAAUAUGCAAAAAGCCUUCCCCCAAUGAAGCACCAAAUGUUACUCAGCUUCCGCCUAGGUCAAAAACUACCCCGAAACAAACCUCAUUCCCUCCUGCCCUCCCAUCACCUUCACCUAAUUCCGAAGCUAAUAUCGUCACCUCCUCCCCCCCAGAAAUAACAUCCCGCCAAAAUCCCACUCGUACCAGUCUGCUAAAGCGCCGCAAGCACUCCGCUCAACACAAGAAGUCACCCUCCCCUCCUACCUCCUCUACGUCAACAACAAGAAAGAUAAAAUCUACAAUAUUCUCUUCGCCGACUUUAUCAACUUUAUUAACUCAGCAGCAUGCCCAAGAAGAUCAACGAAAACAGAAUCCGCAAACUGAAGAUGUAAAGAAACCACGGAUAUACAUACAUUCACCCCAUUUAGUAAUCAAGAAAUAA